AAAGGGAUAGGGCUGUCACCGUUGGCCUGCCUUCCUUUCCACAUCUUUCUGUCUGGCCUCCUGUGGGAGAGGUGACAGCAGGGGGAGGGGCAGCAACACUAUAAAACAGGAUUUUUGCUAAAAGCAAGAAGGGGUUAAAUAAAAAGGCUAAGAGAAAGACACGCCCUUUUUCAUUUUAUUUUUUCUUCUUCUUGAUCAGAUCAGCUGGUGAACAUGGCUGAGCAGCCAGUGUGUACAGGUCAGGGAAACAGCUGCCCAGGCAGUCAGAGCAACAGCUGCGUCGGUGCCCUGGGGGUAAUUGGUGGUAUUGGCGGCAGCAGCAGCAGUGUGCCAGUGCUCUUCUGCUUUUCAGUGUUUGCCCGGCCAUCCUCAGUGCCCCACGGUUCGGGAAAUGAGGUCCUGAUUCAGAAGUUCCUCAGCCUGUACGGAGACCAGAUAGACAUGCACCGCAAGUUCGUGGUGCAGCUCUUCGUGGAGGAAUGGGGUCAGUACAUUGACCUACCCAAGGGUUUCGUGGUGAGCGACAGGUGCAAAGUCAGACUGGUGCCCCUUCAAAUACAGUUAACUACACUUGGAAAUCUCACACCUGCCAGUACCGUGUUCUUCUGCUGUGACAUGCAAGAAAGAUUCCGACCCGCAAUCAAAUAUUUUGGAGACAUAAUCAGUGUAGGACAAAGAUUGCUCCAAGGUGCACGCAUUUUAGGAAUCCCAGUUAUUGUUACAGAACAGUAUCCCAAGGGACUUGGAAGUACUGUUCAAGAACUUGAUCUUACAGGGGUGAAACUUGUUGUGCCAAAAACAAAAUUUUCCAUGGUCUUGCCAGAAGUGGAAGCAGCAUUAGCAGAAAUCCCUGGAGUUCGUAGUGUUGUUUUAUUUGGAGUGGAGACUCAUGUGUGCAUUCAGCAAACUGCAUUAGAUCUGAUCGGUAGAGGUGUGGAAGUUCACGUUGUGGCUGAUGCCUCUUCAUCAAGAAGCAUGAUGGAUAGAAUGUUUGCCUUGGAGCGCCUGGCACGGAAUGGAAUUAUUAUUACAACAAGUGAAGCUGUGCUCCUACAGUUAGUAGCAGACAAAGAUCAUCCAAAGUUCAAAGAAAUUCAAAACCUCAUCAAAGCAAGUGCUCCGGAGUCAGGACUCCUUUCUAAAGUUUGAGAAAAAGAAAACAAAUGAGGGAAAGAACUGUCUGAAACACGUACUUCCAUUUUCUCAAAUGCAAAACAAUAAGAGUUUUGCAUUUGUAUUCUUUGCAUUAAGAUUUUUU